CUAUUUUUUCUUAAAAAACACCCUAUUUAAUAGCUGUAUUGGUACAUAAAAAGCUCAAACAUAAAAAGUUGUGUCUCACGUCUUGUAAAUUGUAUUUACGUCUUGUAAAUUGUAUUUAUAAUAAAGAGAUUACAUUAAUAUCAAUUUACCUAAUAACAACUUAUGUUUUAUUAUAAAAAAGAUAGGUUAACAUUAAUCUAACCAUCUAAUACAAUUUAGGUAAAAAUUUUAACUUUGUUUAUUAUUUCAGGAUUUAAAAUAUUAUUUUGGUUGUUAAAGUCCAACCACCGUCAUCAUCGCCGACGGCUAGCAGCACCGCCGCCGGAAAAAUGUAAAACAUCGAAAGAGAGAGAGAGAUGGAGAAACAGAGACUGAUCGAUGGAGAAACAACACUGCUGCCGUGAACGAGUUAUUGUAAUCAUGACCGACGGCGAGCAUCACUGCCGCCGGAGGCAUCGUCUCGAUCUCCGGUGUCGGAAAAGAGAAAACGUGGAAAGAGACAGAUCGAUGGAGAAACAGAUAGGGAGAGGUUCAUGGUGGUGACGAUGCUCUGGUUGCAUGGACUCUUCGUCGGAGGUCUGAUGUCGGCGAUUCUCAGGUGGCAUGGAGUCGUCGGCGGCUGCUAUGCUCCGGCAGAUGGGGGACAGCGGGGACGGCUGUUGCUCUUUCACAGCACUUAAAAUAUGUGGUUUUAGGGUUUUGUAUUUUAAUUGUAAAAUGGGCUAAAUGGGCUGAGCAUCGGAUAAUUGGCCUAAAACAUUCUAAGUGGGCUAACCUUUAAGUGGUUUGACCACUUAAAAUAUGAUAAAUCAUUUUUUAAAAUAAAUCAGUUUUUUUUUUUUUUUAAAUAUCAGCUUUUUAAAAAAAAAUAUUCGUUUUUUAAACUAAAUGGAUUGUUGCUUUUUGUUUUUUUUAAAUAAAUUAGCUAUUUAGACAAGUAGACAUUAGACAUUGCCUUUGAUUUUGAUUUUGAUUUUUAAAAGUUAAUCAACUUUUAAAAACAUAUAUGUUUAUUUUGAAUUAGUUAUUUUAUAUUAUUUUAGUUUUUUAACAAUUUUUUUUGUUAUGUUCAUAGCUUUAUUGAAAAGAUGACGAAUUUUUACGAGGAAAACUCAAAUGAAGGCAACGAGUUCUUUAUGGGGAUGUCACCAUUUUUUACCGAACGGGUGUUCGAUUCUCUAAAUGAGUUGAUGGGAUAUGUACAAAACAAAGCAUUUUCUCUUGGUUAUGUUAUCGUUAGAAGAAGAUCAAAGAAAAAUGAAAAUGGUGUGGUGUCUUAUGUCACACUUAUUUGUGAUCGUGGUGGUGAAUACAAAAUUAAAGCAACAAGUAAAAAUUCCGGCACCAAAAAAAUCAAUUGUCCAUUUAAAUUGGUUGGUUCGUAUAUAAAACAAUUUGAUGGUUGGACAUUAAGGGUGAAAUGUGAUCAACAUAACCAUCCACCUGCACAACAUAUGGAAGGACAUGCUUAUGCUAGGCGGUUGAAAGAAAACGAAAAAAAGUUGGUGGCUGACUUGACAAGUCAGAAUGUUGAACCACGCAACAUACUCUCGAUACUAAAAGAGCAUGAUGAGAAUAAUGUUUCUAUACUCAAAACCAUAUACAAUGCACAGUACAAGCUUCGCUCGUCCCAAAAUGAUGGAAAAACUCCGAUGCAGGUUCUUAUGGGAAUUUUGAAUGAUAAAAAAUUUGUUAUCGAGUUUUCCGUAAAUAAUAUUUCAAAUGAAUUGGAAAACCUGUUUUUCAUUCAUCCACUGUCAUUAGAUAUAUGGCAAGCAUUUCCACACGUUUUGAUUAUUGAUGCAACAUACAAAACAAACAAAUAUGCUAUGCCUUUUGUUGAGAUUGUUGGAGUAACUUCAACCAACAAGACAUUUAGCAUUGCUUUUGCCUUUAUCAUUAACGAAAAGGAGGAAAGUUAUAAGUGGGUGUUAACGUGUCUAAGGUUGACACUAGAAAAGUGCAUGCAACCACGUGUUAUAGUGACGGACAGAGAGUUGGCAUUGGUGAAUGCAUGCAAACAAGUUUUUCCUUAUGCAACUCGCUUACUUUGUCGAUGGCACAUUACCGAAAAUAUUAGAAAGCAUUGUAAGACGCUAAUCCCAUCGAAAGUUGUGUGGAAAUCCUUUCGUGCUAUGUGGAGUAUACUUGUUGACUCUCCAACAUGGACAUCGUACACUGAAAACUACAGAAAACUACAGUCAAUGUUAAGAGAACAUGAAGAUGUUUUACAGUAUUUGGAUGAUGUUUGGUUAAACAAGUAUAAGGAAAUGUUUGUCUCUGUUUGGAUGGAUCAACAUUUGAACUUUGGACAACGAACCAGCAGCAGAGUUGAGGGCCAACAUUCAACGUUAAAGAAGUACUUACAAGAAAAAAAUUAUUCUUUAGCCAAGUUUGUUGGUGCUAUUGAUCGGUUUGUGAAGUCUCAACUUACAGCGAUAAAUGAGAGUUUUGAAAAGAGCAUGAUCGUCUCCAAACACGAACACAAAUUUUCGUGUUUCGAUUUGUUGCGGGGUAAUGUUUCACUUAAAGCUCUGGAUAUGCUUGUAGAGGAACUUCAACGGGUACAUCAAGUUGACUCUUCAAACUGUGGUUGUAAACUACAAAAUAGUUGUGGUUUACCAUGUGCUUGCAUGCUAUCAGCGUACUUGAACUCCGGUGAGUGUAUUCCAUUGGAAUCGAUAGAUGUAUUCUGGAGAAAGCUUAAAAUUUCACCAUCAAUUCCUAUGGAAAAUGAAGAUAUAUGUGGUGAUGGUAAAUUUGAAAUGUUUAAAGAAACCUACAAUAAGCAACCGAAAGCUGUGAAAAAAAGCAUGAUGAGAAAGCUACUAGAUAUAUUCCAGCCUAGUAAAACACACAUUAGAGAACCCGCAAUUCAAAAAAAUACACGUGGACGACCAAGUUUGAAGAAACAAAAACAAAAACAAACUGAUUCUAUCAAUCAAGCUCCUAGAAGAUGUAGCUUUUCAACCAUGCCAAAAUUUGUUGAGUUGAACAAUAGGGAACCGGCAAGACAUAGUUCAUACAUAACCACAAUUCCAGACUUGAAUGAAAUUCCAGACUUGAAAGAAGAGCCAGACUUGAAUGAAAUUCCAGACUUGAAUGAAGAGCCAGACUUGAAUGAAAUUCCAGACUUGAAGGAAGAGCCUCAAUCAUGCUACAAUCAUCGACUAAUAGAUGAAAUCCAAGUGAUGUUUCAUCCUUACAUCACACAUAUACAAGAUGUAGAGGGGGAUGGAAACUGUGGAUUUCGAGCAAUAUCUGUUUGUCUUGGGUAUGGCGAGAAUGACUGGCUCUAUGUUCGACGUCAACUACUAGACGAGUUAUUGAGUUCGUACGAUGCAUAUGCUAGAGUUUUCACUGAUGGAAUCGGUGAACUAUAUACUUCGUUGGAUUUCUUAGAAUCACCGGCACCUAAAAGAUAUUGGUUACUUAUGCCUGAAACAGGUAUCCUCAUUGCCAACAGAUUUGGUGUAGUCCUUACUUUUUUAACCAACCAAGGCUCUCUCACUUUCUUUCCUCUUUGGAAAGGUCCGGAAGAAUUUUUGUACCAUCGCGUUAUUACGAUUUCACUUGUAUAUGGUAAUCAUUAUGUGAUGGUACAAUUAGAAGGAGAUUGUCCGCUACCUACCAUUUCAGCUUUCUGGAUCCGCCACAAAGCCCCAUGUGCAGCUGGAUGGGAAACUAUGUUCAUGUCACGUCUAGAACUUUAUAGACAACUGAAACCUUAUAAUCCUGAAACACCUUUUAUAACUAUAGAGGAUUGUUAG